CCGCAGCUCGGGCUGCAGCUGUGCCCGGCUCAGCGCUGCCGGCAGCCGAGACGGGGCAGGAGGUGGCGGAGGGAGCUGGUGCCGGUCAUCAGUACCGGACACGGCACGGAGCGGCGAGGGCUCACCAUGAUCGUGUGUCCCCAGAGCGCAGAGCGCCCCCGAGGAAGUCGGUGUCAGCGGCUGCCGGGGCAGGUAGUGAAGAUGUCUGGUAGUGACCCUGAGCGCCCCCAGUUCCUCUUCGUGAAGGUGCUGGCGAGCUGGGGGCGGCUGGAGGCAGUGACCCAGCAAAUGGGCUACCACCCACAGUACCUUGACAGCUUCCUCAAGAUGCAGCACUACCUGAUGCACAUGGAUGGCCCACUGCCCUUUGACUGCCGGCACUACAUUGCGAUCAUGGCAGCAGCCCGGCACCAGUGCCGGUACCUGGUAAACCUGCACGUGCUGCAGUUCCUGCGGGCAGGGGGCGAUCCCCAGUGGCUACGUGGCCUUGACUUCAUUCCCCCCAAACUCCGUAACCUCAAUGAGAUCAACAAGAUCCUGGCACACCGGCCAUGGCUUAUCACCAAGGAGCAUAUUGAGAAACUACUGAAAAUUAGUGAGUGGAGUUGGUCACUGGCGGAGCUGGUGCAUGCUGUCGUCCUCCUGGCGCAUUGCCACGCGCUCGCCAGCUUUGUCUUCGGCUGUGGCUGUGAGCAGGAUGAGGGGAUGAGGGCCCGAGGCUUGCUGAAGCCCUUGUCACCCGGGAACCAGUGCUUUUGUGAAGCCACUGCUGGCACCUGCUGCAGCCAGGAGCUGUUGCGCAUCAACCGCAAGCGGUCUCUGGAUUCCUGCAUGGAGCUGGAUUCCGUCCGGGAACACAUGCAGCAGAUCCACGUGGAGACUGAGGGCAGGGAGGAGAUGAGGCUGUUGCAGCAGGACCGAGAGGAAGAUACCAAUGGGGAAGUCACUGGUGCCACCAACCUAGCAUGCUACAUGCAGGAUCCUGACUUUGGAUACCAGGACUUUGCUCGGCGUGACGAGGAUCAGACGCAGGAUUACUCCUGGGAAGACCAUGGCUUCUCGCUGGUCAACCGCCUCUACUCUGACAUCGGGCAUCUCCUGGAUGAGAAGUUUCGGAUGGUGGAUGGUCUGCAAAGCAGCGCCAUGGCCAAGCGGCAGGGCUGUGAACCCUCUGUCUUCAAGCGGGGCAUCUGGAACUACAUCCACUGCAUGUUUGGCAUUAGGUACGAUGACUACAAUUAUGCAGAAGUGAAUCACCUCCUGGAGCGAAUGCUCAAAGUUUACAUUAAAACUGUAACCUGCUACCCAGAGAAGACAAACCCAGAAAUGUUUGACAGGUUCUGGAAGCAGUUCAAGCACAGUGAAAAGGUCCACGUGAACCUGCUUAUCCUGGAAGCCCGGAUGCAGGCAGAGCUGCUGUAUGCAUUGCAGGCCAUAACCCAGUACAUGAUCUCCUAGACAAUGGGGAGCUGCACUGUGGCAGGGCUGUGACAUCCUCUUUCCCUGGACUCAUGUGUGCCACUGGGACAGACGUCAAGGGGUUACUCACUUUACUUGUCUUAUUCCUUUUUUUUUUCCCCCUUGUGGAGCCUGGUGAGUGGCCAUGUUAUGUGCAAUUACCGAACUGUGAGGCAAGUCCAUGCUGCUGAGAUGUUGGUGUGAUGCUGGAGACUAGAACGUGUCCAAGGUGGACUGCCAAAGACAUGGGGGGAGAGGGACACAGGAGAGGACUGUGGCUGGUUUAGAGACAUGCUCCCCUGAAAAUAGAAGCUCUUUGCCCAGGUGCUGUGGGAGCCUCAGCUGACACAAGGAGGGCAGGGGAAAGCUGGUUUCCUUCCCUGUGCCACUGUGGCUGCCUGGCUUGCAAGCAGCCCUUCAAAGCCUGGCCUCAUUGGGGUGAUGCAUCUUGCUUCGGAACAGCACAGGCAGCUCACAGGUGUGUUGCAAUAUCCUGAGUUGCAUAGUAAUGUAGAGUAGAAUGCUAGCUCCAAGCAAGGGCCAUUUAUUUCCCAGCCUGGGAUGGAAAGGGAAAGCACUUACUGCCUACGCCUCCUCCUGUGUGUCAAACCCUUCAGGGAUAGACAAGCGAUGACCCAGGUGAACUCCAAACUGUGAAGCUCUUGAUGGCAGGGUGCCCUAGUGCUCUGCCUUCUCUUACAGCAGGGUUAAAAGGUCUCUGACAGUUUUUAGGCUCUGAAGGUUUCUGCAGGGGACUUUAGCAGUCCUUGGGGGCUUGCCCCAAAGCCCCUCCUCUGCUUUCAGCCAUCAGGGGGGCAGAAGGAAUAAGGGAAGCUUCCUGAGGUAACAUGGAUUUUAUCUUCUCAUCACCAUGAAAGGGCUGAGGUCCUGUGCUCAGUCACUUGCUAUUUAGCAGCAUGGUGGAGGAGCCUGCUGUCAGCAAAGGUGGGAUAUUGAAAGCUUUUCCUUGAACCUAGGCUGGGGGACUCCCUGGACUUGUCCCCAUUCAAAGAGAGGCAGUCCAUGCACCAGCCCUGCCCUUCUGCCCAGUCAGCAGGAGCAUGCACCACUGCUGCCCCUGUCCCAGGGCUGUUCCCUACCUGUGCUGCAGCCCCCACAUGGAGAGGUAUGAAGGAUCCAGUGCAGGCUCAAGAGGGCAGCCAUGAAAAGGGAAUGAGGCCACCCCAUCUUAAUUGGGAGCCUGAAGCAAGGGCAGCUUUUGAGUCAGCCCAGCACAUGCUGCUUCAGUCAACCUGUUUACUGCGUAAAUGUAUGGGGAAGAAAACCUUGUGUACGGAAGCUACAGAAAAAAUCCUAUUUUUGCUAUAAAUAUAUUACAUUUGA